CUCAAGUAGAAAAUCUAUUUAUUUCGAAAUCCAAAUAACUAUUACCAACACAACGAAAACUGGAACAAUGGGCGAUAAUUAUGAUAUUACCCGCCUUCCCAUCGAUGCCGUGAAAAGCGUCGCAAAGAUUGGCGCCUGGCCCAUACACUUUGGGAAAACCAUAGCCACGAAUGUCACCGACACUGCCUUUAAGGUGAUUGGAACCAACACCGAGGACAAGCCCUCAAAAACACCCCUGAAGGAUGAUAGUAUCUACGAAAUGGCGGAGUCCAAUCUCGACAUUGCCGCGAUCAUCUACUAUUACACAGAACUUCGAAGCGAAACGAGACGCCUCCUCAAGAAGUAUACAGUCGAAAAGGGAAUGACAUGGGAAGCCAGCAACCCAGAAGAACCGAGCCAACUAGUGAUUCUUCGCAACGCCGUGAAGCUGGUGGAGAAGCGUUCAAAGACGAUCCAAUCGCCUGAAACGACGGCCUCUGUGCACGUUCUGAAAGAUUACCAAGACAGUGUCAUGCAGCUCGAAGGGCUGCGCAAGAAAUUCAACCUCGAUGAGGGUGACUUGGAUAUCUUCAAAACGGUAAGUCCAUUCUUCUUGUUUCAACUACAGAGAAAACGUCACAGCGUACCAAUGUUCGAACCACAGUAGUGAAUCAGUUCUCUCUCUUACUAGGAAUCGUCUUCGUUCUAUUUCUUUCGUGAACUUUCUUUUUCUCAACAUCAUUCAGUACUUUGACAUUCUUAGCGAACCCAAGACCCUUUCAGACGUCAAAAGCGAUACAAUUCUUUUUGACAACUACAUCAGCCCGGCUUUCCGAGUUUCAUUCGGCGGAACGAAAUACAACCGAAGGAAAAUCGAAAACUUGAUCGGCGAUGACAAAGAAGCCUAUAUUCACGAAAUCGAUGACGACUUCAACGCUACUUCGCUUCGUCCUCUGGGAAUAAUUAAGGGGUUUACCUCCGAAAUCGUCUGGGCCAUCGUGGUCUGCGACAAGAAGAAAACAAUCACUGUUGUAUUUCGUGGAAGUGUUAACGCCAGCGAUUGGAUUAAGAAUCUUCAGUGUAACAUGACCAACUGCAAACUUCCCGGCUUUACUUCUGAGAACGCGAAGGGUGGCGACGUCUAUGGUCAGGUCCACGAGGGAUUCUACAAAUACCUCUUCGAGAAGACAAAGGUUGGUAUGAACGGUAGCAAUAAGAGCAAGGGAGAAGAAAUAAUGGGGAAACUCAAGGGAGAUUUUUUCAGCAAGCCUAGAUUCAGCGACUAUUCUUUGUACGUCACCGGUCAUUCGCUUGGAGGAGCUCUUAGCACGUAAGUUUAAUUCUCUCGGCUGUGUGCUUGAUGCUUUUCCUGUGUUUUUCUUCCAUCAUAUCGAAGCACAGCGAGCAAGUUCAUCCAUCUCAUUUUCAUGAAACCAGUUUGUUCGCAUUCCGCGCCGCCACCGAGAAAAAUUUCAAUGUACCGAUAACAAAUGUCUCGUUCGCCUCGCCGUUUGUCGGCAAUGAUGAGUUCCGUGAGAAGUUUGUGGACCUAGAACGCCUGAAGAAAAUUCGUCAUUUGCGAAUCUCCAACUAUCAGGACUUGGUCACGCUUAUUCCGGCUACGACCUUUCCACUCCCGAAUGGCAUCCAGACCUUCAAGCACACUGGAAUGAACAUUCGUUUGUACGAGGGACGCGAUUUGCUUGCUCCAAGCUACCGUCGAUUCUAUCCCAAGAUGGGGUCGAUUACCAACGGACUGAGAAACGCAAUGCAUGCUAACAUCCCACUCGGACUGUCGGUAUCCCCCAUCAGCAAUCACCUUUGUCCCGAAUACACAAAGCGUCUCACUAACGAGAAGACCAAAGAAGAACUCUCCAAGCUUUCUUUGGAUGAGCUCUACGGGGACAAGAGUAUCACAGGAUGGGAUUACAUCAAAAAUUGAUUUCAUUUCAUAGAAAAUUUGAUUUGAAAUCUUUUCGAUCAUUCGGAUUGAUUCGGUAAAUUGAGAUUAGAUUGCGCUGCAUUCCAUGAGCAUUUAUGUAGCUGGUGCUAUUGGAGUGCAAGGUUGCAAUGUGUUUUCCAAAAGCAAUAGACAAAUAGUUAAAAA